AAGUAACCAUAAACGCCACAAUAAACGAUUCGGAGUAGGCAAUCCAUCGGUCCUAUCUGUGACAUGUCAUGCUAACAUGAUGUGCAACACUAUCUGUUUGACCCGAGACAUUUCCACCAAUCGUUGUUUCUGGAUGUUUAUUAUCUAGAUAUCGGCUUUACAUAUAAAGUAUAUUUUUAGUUGGUGUAAGCUAUCAAACGAUCUACUUUGCGACCUUUGCUUAAUAUCUACAGUACUGUAGCUGACGUUAGUGCUACCAGAAAAUGUUCACCGGCAUAUAAGAUAGUUAACUAGACCGCUCAAUAGAUAGUCAGCAAAGUUGCAAAAUAUACAUAUCGCGUUUAAUUAUCUCCGGAAAGUUACUAAUGGUCGUUAUUCUUUGCUUAUUUACUUUAAACAAUUUGGGAUAAUCUAUCAACAGCUCAAAACAAGAGUGAUGGUGCUUCCCUUGGUGAAUCUUUGUGCCAAAGAGGUUGUGAGUGAUCACAGUUCCUCUCCGGGUUGGCUUGGUUGUGUACCCAGGGAACUGUACAGACCGCUUCUGGAGGCUGCCUUCACCAACUGCCGCCCGCUGGCUGUCGGGGAAUUGGUGCAGCGAUGGCCCGAGCGGACUCUGCGGGCUGGCGGCCGGAGGCAGGGGCAGAGUCCUCCAAAUCGACUCUGUGUCCAGGCUCUCUUGCUCGCGGUGGUCAGAGGGUUGUCGGACAAAAGGUGUGCUCUCCAGGUGCUGGACCUAUGUGGGCUGCAGUGUGAGGAGGGAGGAGUGGGAGACCCGAUGGGUGGUUGGUCACUGACCGUGGCCCUCAGCACCAUGGUUGUACAGGCCAGGGCUGCAGCUCAGAAGGCCCUCGGGAGAGAGGGGGAACGGGAAAGGAAGAGAGUGCUGGCCAUGGAAAGGGAGAGAGACGUGGUCAAACGAGAAAGAGGAGGAGGGUUAGAGGAAGGAGAGGGAGGCGGGCUGCUGGUGGAGUCUGUGAGAAAAGAGAAAGAGGAGACAUCGGGGUGUCAGCGGGAGGACCAGCAGGUGAAGGGGGUGAGGAGGAGGAUGGAGAUGGAGAGGAGAAAGGAGAGUGCAGCAGUGGCAGGUGGCAAGGGGGAGGCAGACUCUGAGGUAGACAGCGAGGUGGUGGUGUGUGUGAGGGCUGACCUCUUUGUGAAUGCCCGCUCCUGGGAGCGUGUGCGCGCAGCCCUGGGUACGACAGGCCCCCUCAAGUUACAGUGCAGGUAUGUCCGUGUGGAGGAGCUCUCUGUCUCCAGCAUCGGAUCUCUGCUAGACCUCCUACCUCGUCAUGUCCUCCUGGGAGUGGACAUCCGCUACAGCUGCCUGGGGGUGGCCGGCCUGGCUCUCCUCCUCCCUCAGCUCUCCAUGUUCCCCAUGCUGAGCUCCUUGCGCCUGCACUAUUGCAACCUGGACAUCCGCAGAGACAUGGCCGGCCAGGAGGGGGCAAUGAAGGACAUGUCCCAGGGGCUGGGGAAGCUCAGUCAGCUGCGCCGCCUCAGCCUCACUGCCCUCCGGCUGCCUGGACACCUCCGCAUGCUGCUCAGCUCUUUCCCUCAGCCGCUGGAGGUGCUGGAGCUUCCCUACCUGAGCCUAACCCCCGCCGACCUCUCCUAUCUAUCCUGCAGCCCGCACGCCUCCUCACUGCAGCAACUGGACCUGAGUGAGAACAGGCUGGAUGAGUUGGCCUUGCCCUCGGUGCGUCGCCUCCUCUCCCAGGCGUCCAGCUGCCUCAUGCAACUUUCCCUGAGCGGCUGUGGUCUCACCGACGGCCUGUUGGCGGCAAUGCUCCCGUCGCUCAGCUGCUGCCGGGGCCUGAAGAGCCUGGGCCUCGCCUUGAACCCGCUCUCCCUGGCCGGGCUCCUGGACCUGGUGAGGACGGUGGUCAGGAUGCCCUCCCUCCGACAGCUUCUGUACCCCAAUCCCCUGGAGGACUACCAGCCUGGGCUGCCCCCCAUGCCCUCCAGUGCCCAGCUGCUGGACUGGCCCUUGGAUGAGCUGGUGGAGGUCCACGAGGCCACCAGUCUCCAACUGGACAGGGUGGUGAUGGAGAGUGGCCGCUCGGACCUGUUACUGACCUGCGACCUUCUCAACUACAAUAAAGACUUGGUGGAGCAGUGAGGUCAUUGGAAGAAUGACCCCCUCCAAUUUUAAAACCACACGACUGUACACGUGCCUGCCUACUGUCAAUCAUUCAUAAUAAUUCGUCCUAAAUUGUCAAUGUUUUUAUACCUCAGUAUUGUUGGCAAUGCUUUUUAAAUGUAGAACAGAAGCUGGUGAGGGGAGGACAGCUCACAGUAAUGGCUGGAAUGGAAUAAAUGGAACAGCAUGUGUUUGAAACCGUUCCAUUGAUUCUGUUCUAUUAAUUCCUAUGAGCCCGGUCUCCGAUUUAAAGUCCCACCAGCCACUACAGGUAGAAUAAUUCUGAUUACACUAUUCAGUCAUCUAGAUUUGUGUUACAAACCGAUUAUUCAACCGUUUGAGGAGCAUUAGGAUCUUACAGAAAAACAUACUUCAACGGGUGCUUACUAACAAGCCAACUCAUACUGUGUACUUAUUUACUUAUACAGUUGUUGGAUACACUGUACGUCCGUUUGUGCCAAAUGACAGGGGGCAGGUUAUUGUAUAUUCUCAAAGUAUAAGAAGGGGUAACAGUUCGGAUAGAGAGAGAUCAUCAGCCCAGUCCCAAUCCCACUGAGCUAAGGUUACAGCUUUUACCCUACCGUCAUGUGCCUUCCUGUCUGCCACCAGUGCCCGUGCAAGUCUGUUGCCCAGAAAUGGCAGUCUGAAUGGUGGUUACACAGACCCCGAUAAUCCCUAUCUAGUUUGUUUAUGGAAAACAUUUAAUCGUGUGAUAUGUUAACAGCUUAUUGGAAAUACAGCAAUCUGAUUAUGAGAGCGUUAGACUUGUUUGUGUGUGGAAGGUGUCGGCUUUAUAAGUGCGUUUAAAGCUUUAUAUGAAUUGCGACAAAGUAGAUAUUUCUCAUGGAAAUGAUAUAUAUUUUCUAUGGCAUUAUCUUCUCUGCUGAAGAAGUUUCUUUAGGGAUAGAUGGAAAUUUACUGGGGGGGGGGGGGGGGGGGCUGGUCUAACUCAAGGUGUCAUAAAAAAAAUGCACCCCCCCCCCCCUCCAACAUAAAAAAUAUUUUCACAAGACCCUCCCCUUGCACUGUAAAUGUAAUAGCCUCCUCCCUCAUAGAAUUGACUCAAAAUGAUGUUUAUGACCAAAAAUAACUAUAACUAGCGACCCUGUGUUUAUGAACGUGGACUUCGACUUUGUCACUUCAGCAUGCUUUUGUAGCACAGUCGCUGUCACGCAGGGCCACGGGCCAGAAGGCUAAUGGGUUCGCCGACCACCACAGGCGAGCUCACUCUCCCUGCCUGUUUCAUUACACUAUGAUCAGAGCCAACUGCAGUCAAUGCUUAGCUAGGGGUAAUCAGAUGUUCAACAUUUUGAUGCUGUAUUUAGAAAUAUAUAAAAUACAUGCAUUGAAUUUUCCACCAACAGGUGUCUGUGCCAAUGCACCACACAACCAAUAAACAAAGCAUACUGACUUCGU